AUGAAUUUCAAAGUUUCGCGCUCGCUCCUCCGCCUCUCACCGUUUGCGACCUCGCCGACUGCAGCUGCUGCAGAAGCGCGUUCUCACGUCAGCUCUGCCGCUGCCAUUGCCAUUCCAGUUCCUUCUCAUCGCCGCAACUGCUUGCGAAUGAGCUGUCCACUGCGUGCUACAAAGACGCAGAGGACGCGCCACUACGACUCGGACAAUAGCCAAGCCGCCAUGGCGUCCACAACAAGUGAGACGGAAGACGAAAUGGACACUUUGAAGUCGGACACGGUCGAGUACAUACACAAGGACCUCUUGCACCGGGACACCAAUAUUUUGAUUGACGCUAAUAUUUCGAUUGACGCUAAUAAAACCCACACUAUUCACCAUGACCACCCACGCAAGAACAAUAAUGGGUCCGUUGGCAGUAAACGACGUCGGGAGCCCGUCGAAACCGCCACAGCGCUGUGCCAAUUGGACGCCCAUAUUGAGUCCGAAAUGGGUAUUGUCGAAGAAAUUUACUGCGAGAAUUUCAUGUGUCACCGCAAACUCCGCGUGGCUUUAUGUCCGCAUACGAAUUUCAUCACGGGCGAAAAUGGUAGCGGCAAAAGUGCAAUUAUUGCUGCCCUUCAAAUCUGUCUCGGGGCCAGUGCUCGGAGUACGCAUCGAGGCAAGAGCAUCAAGAACUUGAUCCGUCAUGGACAUGAGGGCAAUGCUCUGGUGCGGAUCACUUUGCGCAACGAUGCGGUGGGUAGCGACGCGUUCCGUCCUGAGCUCUUUGGGCGCAAAAUCCUGGUUGAACGACUCAUUCGUCGAGACGGGUCGGCUGAGUACCGACUACGAGACGAGAAGGGAGUGUUGGUGUCGAAACUGAAGACGGAUUUGGAAGCCAUGCUGGACCAUUUGAACAUUCAGACGGAGAAUCCAUGCGCGAUUUUGGACCAGGAGAAUGCCAAGCUUUUUUUGAAGGGCAAUUCGCAAGACAAGUACAAGUUUUUCCUCCAGUCAACGGAUCUGUACAAAAUGAGAACGACGUACUCGAAGAUUGACGAAGAGACGAGGAAUAUUGCCGAGUCGACGUUGAAGCGAGAACGAGCUAAGAUUGCGACGUUGAAGAGCGCGAUGGACGAAGCAACGAAGCAGUGGAAAGAGGCGCAGAGUAUCGGUAUGCUUGAGGACGAGUUUGAGGUGCUUAAAAAGGAACUGGCGUGGUCUUUUGUAUGUGAGAAAGAAGCUCUGGCUGCGAAGGUCGAGAAGAAGAUGAAGAGAAAAAAGCGCGAUGCAGAACGGGCUGCUGACGAAUAUGAAGAGGCGAGGAAAGCGGUAGAUAAGCUGGAGCAAAAACAGAAGGAGAAAAAUGACAAGCUUGAAGAAGUGAAUGCACGCAUGAGCGACAACAGUCAACGAAAAGGGGAAGUGAAAAACAAGAUCCGUGAAGCCCGUCGCCCGUUGCACAACUGCAAGGCAGAAAUCAAACAGCUGACGCAGUCCAAACAACGAGCCAACCAGCGGCUAGCUCGUUUGCAACACGACUUGCAGAAAAAGCGCGAGAACCACGAGGUGAUGCUUCGUAACCGCAUGCAGCGCAAUGAUGAAAUGCGUGAGCGUAUUGAAAUGACACGGCGGGAAGUGCAGGAGUCCGAGCAUGAGAUCAAUAAAGCCAAGGAGUGUGCUCAGGCCCGUCCACUCGAGCUGGAUGAAGUGGAAAAUCGGUACGAUACUUGUGCUCGUCAAAUGCGUGAGGCCGAGAUGGAGGUGAACAAGAUCCAGCAACGCAUUAAUUUGCUGAAAGAUCAAAAGCGUGAUAGUCUUGCGGUGUACGGCAACCGAAUCCCGCAAUUGCAACAGCUUAUACGCAAGAAUCGCCACCGGUUUGCUGCACCCCCCUAUCGGUCCGCUGGGUCUUAG